AUGGGCAAUCACCAUACGACCACCGUCCACCAUUCCAAUCCAAACAUCUUUAAUGAGAUCCAACCAUCUUCUCCUUCGAAUGGUGACCAACACCACCAUGCAACCCAUUCCAAGUACUUUUCCAAACGUAAAUCACAACGUUCAAUGACCUCCUCUUUUGUUUCUUCUUCCGAGAAUGUCCAUGUUUUAUCAAAUCCAUCAACAUUCAUGAAUUCAAACCCACAAUCGGAUGAGGACAGUCAUGAUAUAAAUGCAUUAACCAAAGAUAUGGAAUUUACUGCUGAUUUACUUCGACUGGUGAAGGAACAAUCUCAAAUGGAUGAACACGAGAAAAAGAGUGGAUUACCAUUUGGGGUGAUUUUGGUUGGAAGUUGUGACUCUGGAAAAUCCACAUUGUGGAAUCAAUGGAAAUUUCAAUCUUCAUCGCUUUCACAAUCCGAAAGAAUUGAAUUUGGAAAUGCCUUAAUGACCUAUCUUGUCACGAGUAUGAAACGAUUGAUCCUUUUAGCUAUUCGGACAAAGAAGCAAUUCGAAUCAUCUUUGGAUUCUUCCCAAGUGUCCAAUUCUUCUUCUUCCGAAAGUCAUAUCCAUGAACAACAAGAAGAACCAUCUCUCGUCGACUCUGAAACUUCAACGACUACUACCACUUCAACUUGUUCGAGUUGCUGCUGCUGUUCCUGCUCCCUUUGGAAACACUUAUUCUCUCGAUAUUCUGUCGUGAUGGAUCUCUUAUUUAACCAACGAUCGCCUUCCACAACAACAACUUCUUUAAAGGAAUCGAUCAGUGGUUUUAGUUGUGGAAAUAGUAUUAAUACUUGUAACAACAACAACAAUUCAAAGAGGAAUUUGAAAUGCAUCACAGAAGAAUAUUCAAAAGAGGAACAAUGGAUACCCUUUGAAACUCUCUUUUUAAAUCCACUUUCUAAACACCUGUUACAAUCCAUGUGGAUGAAUCAUGACUUGUUACGUCAAUUAUGUGCUAUAUUUCGAGAGCCAGAAAUUUCUCAAAUCUACUAUGGAGUCAGCAGCUUUAAUCGAGAGAAUGGCCACUCCUUGUGUGGUCAAAAAGAAUUCUUGAAACCAGUGGAUACGUGUAGUUGUAAUUGUGGUUGUGAUUGUGGCAGUGUUGAGACUGUUGGAAUGGUUCAUGAAAUGCUCUAUGGAAACUAUUUGCAUUAUUUCCUUCAGGAAGAGCGAGUAUUGUUGCGAUUGGCCAAUGAGGUCUUGAAUAAUCCUUUGAACAAUAUCUUACAGGAAGAGGUUGUGUUAAAAGCCAAAGUUCUCACCACAUCGAUCCAAUCACUCAAAUUUCAAUAUUCGCAACGAUCGAUUUGUACUCGAGUCAUUCGAGUCAUUGAAAAGAGAAAGAAAGAAUUAAGAAAGCUUGAAGGAGCAACCAUUCAUGAUUGUACAACUAAUCUACUACAAACUCAACCAUUGAAGAAUACAACAAAGAGUCAUCAUCAACAAGACAUCAAUACGAGUGGUGGCGUUGGUGGUGUUUGUGGUGGUAGUGGUAAUACAUGUUCAUCUGUGGUUGUCUCCUCAUCAUCAUCAACAACAACAAAUAAUAGCUCUCUUAAAAUUCGCAUUCCAAAACUUGAUUUGAAUCGAGCUCAAUUACAAACAAUGAAUACUGUUGGAAUGCAAUCAUCAUCACCUUUACUUCCAAAGAGUGCACGAGGAGGUAAUACUUCCUCUCGAAACAAUUCAUUGAAUUCAUCAAGAGUGAAUAGUCCUUCUUCUCAGACUCCAACUCUUCAUGAAAGACUUUCACAAGAGGAAUCUGAAUGGCAUCUGAAUGGUACGAGUCCAAGAAGUCCAAUGUCAUCCAGAAAGCCUUCAAGUGCUGCUCAGAAAUUAAUGGAAAUGGUUCGAAAGAGAUCGAACAGUAAUAACAACAACAACAACAUGGCAAUGAGUACUUCUCCAAAAUCACCUUCUCGAUUCAUGAAUGCACAGAAUAAUACUUGUUCGAGUCCACAAUCUCAAUUUACCAAUUCAAGAAAUGCAACGAGUUCCAUUGCAAAAGUCAUGCAAGAAUCGUCCAAUGCACCACUCGAUGCAAUGGAAAAACGAAAAUUACAAAAAUUUACAAUGAUUGAUACUCCUGGACUUUCUUCACAACGAGAUUUAGUGGUCAUGACUAUCAAUGCUUCCACCAAGCCAACCUCAACUUUUCUUUUGAAAAGUGUGGUUUUUGUAUUUUCAUUGGCAGAUUUUGAUUUACCUUGUUUGGAUUCAUCAGAGUUCGAGACACGAUUAGAAGAGAGUUUGAACUUGUUUGAAAAAACCAUGACUCUCUCAAGUUUGAAAGAACGAAGGAAAAUACUUCUAAUGACCCAUGUCGAUAUUUUUGUUCACAGGAUGAGUCAUUUGGGAAAUGAUGAAAGAGAUCGCUUGUUAAAGAUCCUUAAUUCUGAUCGAUCGAGAGAGGACACUGAUCACUUAAUAGGUGCGUGCUUUAAGUGGAUUCUCUCACAAUUUAAAAACAUUGAGGAGGGUCGCAAUUUCAAUCAUAAAUAUACCCUUGAGGUGUAUGCCAUUAAUUUAAUGAAUGAAAAACAGGUCAAAGAGUUCACUUUUGCACUCACAGUCAAGGAUGAUGGAAUUUUGAAACAAACACAACAGCAAGUGAUCACUGUGUUCACAUGUCCCUCAUUGAAGGGAGUUGAGUGCGAAGAAAAUCGCAAACUGCUUUGUAAUCAUUCCUUUGUUGAUGUGGAAUUCAAGUUUCGAGACGACGAGACAAUGUCACGACCUUAA